UGUCAAAUUGGAUCAAACUUUUGAACUUGUUUACAUUUCUGAUUUUUUUUUUUAUGUCUGUAGCUUUUAAAAAAUUUGGUUAUUUCCACUUUUGGAGUUUUCCUAUUUCUAUUUAAUCUGACUCAAAUCUGAAAUGAAGAACCAGUCAAGAGAGACAGAAUUCAUUCUCCUGGGACUGACUGAUGACCCAAAAUUGCAAAUUGUGAUUUUUAUAUUUCUCUUUCUAAACGACAUGUUGAGCAUGAUGGGGAAUUUAUCCAUCAUCCUCCUCACCCUACUGGAUCCCCACCUCAAGACUGCCAUGUAUUUUUUCCUCCAAAAUUUCUCUUUCUUGGAAGUUUUAUUGACAACUAUCUGUAUUCCCAGAUUCUUGGUCACCAUCGUGACUAAAACCAAAAUCAUUUCCUACAAUGGUUGUGCAUCUCAGUUAUUCUUUUCCCUCUUCUUAGGAGUUAGAUUUUAUCUACUGGCUGCCAUGUCUUUUGACCGUUAUGUAGCAAUCUGCAAACCCUUACAUUACCCCAUCAUUAUGAGCAACAAAAUGUGCUACCGGCUGGUCCUCAGUUCGUGGACAGCCGGCUUUCUGAUUACCUUUCCACCCUUGGUCUCGGGACUGAAACUGGAAUUCUGCACUUCCAGAGUAAUUGAUCAUUUCAUAUGUGAUACUCCCCCUGUGCUGCAGAUUUCUUGCACAGACACGCGUUUCCUCGAAUUGGUUUCAUUUGUCUUAGCUGGUGGAACGCUCAUGGUCACGUUGCUCUUAGUAGGUUUUUCCUACAUGUAUAUUAUCAAGACCAUUCUAAAAAUCUCCUCUGCUCAGAAAAGAACAAAGGCUUUUUCCACGUGUUCUUCUCAUAUGAUCGUAGUCUCCCUUACUUAUGGGAGCUGUAUCUUUAUUCACAUGAAGCCAUCAGCAAAAGAAAGGGUGACUUUAUCCAAAGGUGUAGCUGUUAUCUACACCUCAGCUGCCCCUUUGUUAAACCCUUUCGUUUAUAGUCUAAGGAACCAGCAAGUGAAACAAGCCUUCAAAGAUACUCUCCAAAAGAUUUUUUUUUAA